GUCGAAGUCUGUAGUGUAGUGGAUUUUCCACAAGAAAAAGAAAAUUCCAAAAGAUAUCUUAAAUAAACUCCUUCAAACAAAAAUUAAAUAAUUUACCCUUAAACUAGUUUUUGAUCGGCCCAAAAUUAUAAUAUUCAUUUCAAGUAAAAGCUAUUAACUUACGAACUUAAAUAGUUCUCUCUUCCAUACUAAAAAGAAAAGUUCUUCAAAACUUGAAAAGGAUACAAUAAUAGGGUGUGUUGAAGAUUGCAUAGUUUUGAAAAAAUGUCAGCAAAAGCUAUUUACGAAGCAACUGGAAAGGACAUAUUAAAUCGUCAUUUGGGAAACAAUGUCGCCAGUACAUGUCGCUUUGCCACGGUCAACUUGGACACGGACUUAUCCAAACUCGUUGACACCCAUCCAUGGUUAAAGGAGACAAAAUUGGUUGUAAAACCCGAUCAACUGAUUAAGCGUCGUGGAAAGUUAGGUCUUAUUGCUGUUAACAAAACCAUUGACCAGUGUAUAGAAUGGAUUCAGGCGCGAAUGAACAAAGACCAGCAAAUUGGAGCUGCAUGUGGAAAAAUAAAGAACUUUAUUAUCGAACCAUUUAUUCCACAUAAAGAUGAAGAAGAAGCUUAUGUAUGUAUCUAUUCACAUCGUACUGCUGAUACGAUAUUGUUCCAUCAUCAAGGUGGUGUAGAUAUUGGUGAUGUUGAUGCCAAGGCACUUAAGCUCGAUAUUCCCGUUGGUCAUAGCACUUCGCUGGAUGAAAUCAAAAGCAAAUUAUUGGUCAAUGUGACGGCAGAUAAAAAAGAUCGUAUUGCCAAUUUCGUACAUGCUCUCUAUCAAACCUACACAGAUCUGUACUUUACCUAUCUUGAGAUUAAUCCGCUCGUCGUAACCGAUGAUGGUAUGUAUAUUCUUGAUUUGGCUGCCAAGCUGGACUCGACAGCCGAUUUUAUUUGCCGACCAAAAUGGGGUGAAAUUGAAUACCCACCACCAUUCGGCCGAGAUGCCUAUCCCGAGGAAGCUUAUAUCGCUGAUUUGGAUGCUAAGAGUGGAGCUUCAUUGAAAUUGACCAUCUUGAACAGGAAUGGUAGAAUUUGGACAAUGGUAGCUGGUGGUGGUGCAAGUGUUAUCUAUUCUGAUACAAUUUGUGAUUUGGGUGGUUCUGAAGAAUUAGCUAAUUAUGGUGAAUACAGUGGAGCACCAUCUGAGCAACAGACCUAUGAAUAUGCAAAGACAAUUUUGAAUUUGAUGACUUCUUCACCUAAACAUCCUGAUGGAAAGAUUUUGAUCACUGGAGGAGGAAUUGCUAACUUUACAAAUGUUGCUGCUACUUUUAGAGGUAUCAUAACCGCCUUGCGAGAAUUCCAACCCAAAUUGGUCGAACAUAAUGUCUCAAUCUAUGUCCGACGAGCUGGACCAAAUUAUCAAGAAGGUCUUCGUAAAAUGCGAGAAAUCGGCAGUUCUUUGGGUAUUCCAUUGUUCGUAUUUGGCCCAGAAACACAUAUGACUGCAAUUUGUGGCAUGGCUCUGGGCAAGCGGCCAAUUCCCAAAUCGUGCAAUGUUGAAUUCUCAACUGCUAAUUUCUUGCUACCCGGUGGACAGCAGGAAGCUUCUGAGAAUAAAAGUGCAAAACUACCAGAAGUAGGUGAUUUGGAUGCAACUAACGGUGCAACCAAGCACUCCAUUAAACUACCCCCUCUCUUGACAGAUUGUCAGAAAAGCGAUGUAGCUGACGGUUGUCAAGCCGAGGCGCUCUCCAAGAAGCUCUUCUCGAAGAAUACCUUUGCCAUUGUGUGGGGAAUGCAAGCGAGGGCUGUGCAAUCGAUGAUGGACUUUGAUUUCAUAUGCAGGCGUGAAGAACCAUCUGUUGUAGCUAUGGUCUAUCCAUUCACCGGUGAUCACAAGCAGAAGUUCUACUGGGGACACAAGGAGGUCCUGGUGCCGGUGUACAAGAAUAUGUCUGACGCUGUCAACAAGCACAAGAAUGUCGAUGUUUUGGUUAAUUUCGCUUCGUUGCGAUCGGCCUACGAUUCGACCAUGGAAGUUCUAGAAUACCCCCAGAUCCGCACAGUGGCCAUUAUUGCCGAGGGUAUCCCAGAGAACAUGACCAGGAAGAUGAUCUUGGCUGCCAACAAGAAGGGAGUGUCGAUCAUUGGUCCGGCGACAGUGGGUGGAGUUAAGCCAGGAUGCUUCAAGAUCGGAAACACCGGAGGAAUGUUGGACAAUAUUCUGCAUUCGAAAUUGUACCGUCCCGGAAGUGUGGCCUACGUCUCGCGAUCGGGUGGUAUGUCCAACGAAUUGAACAACAUCAUUUCCAAGGCGACAGAUGGUGUGUUGGAGGGUGUAGCCAUUGGUGGAGAUCGUUAUCCCGGAACCACCUUCAUGGAUCACAUAAUGCGUUAUCAAGCAGAUCCUGAGAUCAAAUUGAUCGUGUUGCUCGGUGAAGUUGGAGGAACUGAGGAAUACGACGUUUGCAAGGCCCUAAAGGACGGUCGCAUCACAAAGCCAAUGGUCGCCUGGUGUAUUGGAACCUGCGCCAGUAUGUUCACCGCCGAGGUACAGUUUGGUCAUGCCGGUUCAUGUGCAAACUCUGAUCGGGAAACUGCUACCGCCAAGAACAAGUCUCUGCGAGAUGCAGGAGCGUAUGUCCCAGAAUCAUUUGAUUCCUUGGGUGAUCUUAUUGGCAGUGUCUAUAAUGAGUUAGUGAAGUCAGGACGUAUUGUUCCCAAAGAGGAGGUGCCACCACCAACCGUGCCAAUGGACUACUCCUGGGCCCGUGAGUUGGGACUUAUUCGUAAACCAGCAAGUUUCAUGACAUCGAUCUGUGACGAACGAGGUCAGGAAUUGCGUUACGCUGGCAUGCCAAUCAGUGAGGUUCUGAGUAAAGAUGUCGGAAUCGGAGGUGUUAUUUCGUUGUUGUGGUUCCAGCGCUGUCUGCCACCAUAUGUGUGUAAAUUCUUCGAGAUGUGCCUCAUGGUAACCGCCGAUCACGGUCCUGCUGUAUCGGGAGCACACAACACGAUUGUCUGCGCGAGAGCUGGAAAGGAUUUGGUAUCAUCUGUUGUUAGUGGUCUGCUCACAAUUGGUGAUCGAUUUGGAGGAGCUUUAGAUGGAGCUGCCAGGCAGUUCUCCGAGGCAUACGAUUCAAAUUUGCAUCCAAUGGACUUUGUCAAUCAAAUGCGCAAAAAGGGUCAACUGAUCAUGGGUAUUGGACAUCGUGUGAAAUCGAUCAACAAUCCUGAUGUUCGAGUGAAGAUCAUCAAAGAAUUCGUCAUGGAAAACUUCCCAUCUUGUCCAUUGUUGAGAUAUGCUCUUGAAGUUGAAAAAAUCACAACAAGCAAAAAACCGAACUUGAUUUUGAAUGUCGAUGGUGUUAUUGCUACCAGUUUUGUUGAUAUGUUAAAGAAUUGUGGAUCAUUUACAAGUGAGGAAGCUCAAGAGUACAUUAACAUCGGUGCCAUCAACUCAUUGUUCGUUCUUGGUCGAAGCAUAGGAUUCAUUGGUCAUUAUAUGGAUCAGAAGCGACUUAAGCAAGGACUCUACCGCCAUCCAUGGGAUGAUAUCUCAUAUGUUAUGCCAGAACAAUUCAACUAAAUUCCAUCUUUCUUUUCAUAUUUAUUUAUAAAAACAAAACAAAACAAAAAACCUUAAACUGUGUAUUUAGAAGAGUAAGUCUUUUAUUUUCUGUCGCUUAUCGGUCCAAGAUCCGAUCAAAAUGUUACUCUAUAAAGAAAAUCAAAAAAUAUAUCUCAAAAAAUUACUUACACUCCAUAAUUAUUAAGAAAACAAAAAAAAAAGAAAAGAACAAAAACAAAUUGGUUUUCAGAUUUAAUUUAAUUUUGUUUUGCAUUUAAUAUUUUAUUUUAAACUUUUUGUUUUUAUUUUUUAUAAAUUUGUUUGUACCUCUAUCUAUCUUUUUAUCUUCUUCUCCUCUUGCUGUCCUAUAUAUCUAAACCCUCUCCCCCUAUUAACUGUAUGAAGGGAGCCAUUUUAUGGGUGCAAUUUAAAAAAGAAAUAUAAAUAUAAAUAAUUAAAUAAUAUUAAUUAUUAAAACAAAAUAAAUGUAUUUGGCAGUUUUACAGCCAAUCUGUGUAAAAAAAAAGAGAAUUAAAUUUUAACUGCUUGGCUGUUGUAUCCUUGGCAUAAUUUAAAUUAAAGUUGUGUCUAAAAUUAAUUAAAAAAAAAAAGAACAUAGAUAAGAAGAAGCUUUUGCUACUGUUAAUAUUCGUCUGUCAAAAACCGAACAAAAAAGAAAUAAAAUGAUAAUAAUAAUAAUAAUAAUAAAAUAUAUAAAAUGCAUGUAAAUUAAAAUUGAAGAUGUAAGAAGAUUUGUUAAGAAUAAAUUAUACUUUUUAUUGCACAAUAGAGUAUAAAAUAAAAAAAGCACCUUGAUUGGAGAUUUCUAGACAUUUA